CAUAAACACAGCUGUUUGCUUUGUAGCAGGAAAAUAUAUUUUAUUAUUUUAUGAUUCAGUUCAUCGAUCACAUACUUCAAUUUAUCUUCUAUAUUGCAACUAUUUAAUCAUGCAUGGAAGACUUAAAGUUCGCACAACAGAAGAGGAACGGGAGCGCAAGAAAAAGGAGCAAGCCCUCAAAGUAAAAGCCUAUCGUGCCGCAAUGGUAAAAAUACAAGAGAAGCGAUUAUCUCAUGAACUGGAUGGCGAAAUGUUACUGCUUACUUCGCAAAUACUCUUAAGAAAUCCAGAUGUGUCGACGCUAUGGAACAUUCGAAGGGAAUGUGCAGAACAAAUAGUUCUUAAAACUGAAGAUUUAGAAGAGCAGCAAGCCAUUUUUGAAACGGAACUGAAUUUUAGUGAACAGUGCCUCUUAGUUAAUCCUAAGUCAUAUAAUUGUUGGCAUCAUCGAUGCUGGAUAUUGGAGCACAGUCCUAAACCGAAUUGGGAGCGCGAAGUACAACUCUGUACAAAAUAUUUGAAAAUGGACGAGCGUAAUUUCCAUACCUGGGAUUAUCGUCGGUAUGUUGUUGAAAAAGCAAACAUUCCCAAGCAAAGUGAGCUUGACUUUUGUACUGAAAAAAUAAAAGUUAAUUUUUCAAACUACUCGUCUUGGCAUCAUAGAAGCUUAUUACUACCUCUGUUAUAUCCUUAUGAAGGUGAGGCACAACCCAAGCGAGCUAUGAGUGAGGAAAAACUGCAAAAUGAAUUGGAAAUGGUUCUUACUGCCGCAUUUACAGAUCCCAAUGAUAGUAGCGCUUGGUUUUACCAACGUUGGUUAUUGGGCUAUUCUCGACAGGAAUUAGAUGUAUGUGCUUUCCGUUGUAAUAAUAAGCACGCCAUGCUCGCAUUUACAAACCCAUUAAUAUUGGACGCAAAAGAUGUGGCAAUAACUAACUCCGAGGGUACUGUUAUAAUAAAGUUGACGAAUUGGCAUUCCAUUAACAAAACAAAAGCAGACAAUGUUUGGUUCUUUUCGCUAACGGAUAAUGCGAUAAGUUACAAGGAGUUUCCUAAAGAAGCAUUUCUGGAAAUCAAUCGUUCAGAUAUCAGCUUAAAGAAAAUAAUUUUAAAGACAUACAAAGAGAGUUUAUUUUACUUCAAAUCACCAAAUCAACAGCAUGCCUUUUCCAAAAAUGUUUUGAACGAAUUACAAUCACAAUUGGAAUCAUGCGAAAGCUUAUUAGAAUAUGAACCAGAUAGCAAAUGGACUCUGUUAACAUCGGCAUUAUUAAUGCACGCAAUUGAUGCACAAAAGUAUCAUAACAAAUCUUUGGAAAAUCUUGAAAAGCUUCAAAAAGUAGAUGCACUUCGUGAAAAUUACUACAAAGACUUGGCUUCAAGAUGGAUACUUGAAAAAUUUCUUUUAAACUGGAUGGAUUCAGAUGCUGUACCUUACGAGUUGGAUUUGCGUUCUGAAAAUCUCAACGCUCUUUACUAUAGCCAAUACUUAUGUAUAGCAGACAAACUUUUGCUACCAAAUAACUUAACAAAUUAUAGUUCUAUGAAGCAAUUGCAGGGUUUCAGUAUCUUUGAAUAUUAAUUUGUCUGUCUAUACUUACAUCAAUAUGUAUCUUGCUAACCUACACAAUCACUGUAAUGCGGCAUUUAGAAAUAUAAAAUAUGAUAAACUAUAACUUAGGAGACAUUAGAACAGUAUUGCAUCUGUGGUUUUAUAAAUAAAUAAAUUUUCACAUAAAUUAAA